AUGACAGAGGUGCACCUUCGUCGCGCAGAAGGCCCGUUGAGAACAGGGAACAAGUUGGAGAAGAAGAGAUUCGCGGGCAAAGCGAACCCGAACCCGACGCGUCGAGAUUCGGGCGUUGCCGAUGAUGUACGUUCCAUCACGACGCUGUAUUCACCCUCUGCUUUCCCGUCCGACUCGGAGAGACCUUGCCUUGGAGAACCCAUGGAUUUGCAUAAUGUUCAUACACACGGACUUACGGGAACCGCCAUCGCUUGA